GGGAGGGACUCCCGGACUGAGGAAUUGGAACACUGUGGGGCUACUGCAGGCAGGACUUGGGCCUCAAACAUUCCAGGAGAGUGCUCUCGGGAGUGGCCCCUGGAAGGAGUUUGACAACGAUUAGGAAUUACAUCCCUGGCACAGUUUUGGAAGCUGAUCAGGGAGGUUAACCCAGAAAUCAGCCUCCUGGGCCAUGCCGGUUGUAAGGCCUGUUUCAUCUCAUGAGCCCCAGCAGAAGACAGCCGAGCCAGACCUCACAGUGGAUGACUUCCCCUCCCUGAGCAAGAGAUGGGAUAGUACCUGGGACCUACCCAUCGCCAGACUCUGAGCUUAAUAAGUCAGCUGAAUGAAGGGAUGUAACAGACCCGGAAGAGGGACACUGAAGCCUGCAGUGGGGGGGGAGGGGCCUGGACAUACCCCUUCCCCCCCAGACUCCUCCCCCUCAGAGUCCACUCAACCAUGGACUUUGGACCUGGAUAAGAGGAGAGAAGCUGCACUUUGUUUGGUGUCUCUGAUUUGGGAUUCUCAGUUUUGGAAAUGGAGUACUGGAUGAGGGUUUGAUGAGCUCAGGGGAGCGGCUGAGAGACGAGAAGAAAGGGUCUGAACUGCUGCCGCCUGGAUUCUGCUGCAAAUCUCAGGGAGGGGAACUCAGUGCCCUGUCAGACAGCCUCUCUGGUGCAUGGCUACUCCCUAAUCCCAAAGCCCAGAGGACACCUCCCUAAAGCUGUGGGGAGUGAGCCCGGCAAGGGAGGGCAGCUUGGAGCCCCCGUUGUGCCUCCCCGGCGGGGGCCAGGAUGCUGAAGAAGCAGUCUGCAGGGCUUGUGCUGUGGGGCGCCAUCCUCUUUGUGGCCUGGAAUGUCCUGCUGCUCCUGUUCUUCUGGUCGCGCCCUGCCCCUGGCCGGCUGCCCUCAGACAGCGCUCUGGAUGACGACCCUGCCGGGCUCACUCGUGAGGUGAUCCGCUUGGCCCAGGACGCCGAGGUGGAGCUGGAGCGGCAGCGGGGGCUCUUGGAGCAGAUCAAGGAGCACCAUGCGAGGUGGAGCCAGGGGCGGAGGGUGCCCACUGCGGUCCCGCCUGUGCCGCCACGUGGGCCUGCGACCCCGCCGCCAGCUGUGAUCCCCAUCCUGGUCAUCGCCUGUGACCGCAGCACUGUCCGGCGCUGCCUGGACAAGCUGCUGCAUUAUCGGCCCUCGGCUGAGCGCUUCCCUAUCAUCGUCAGCCAGGACUGCGGGCAUGAGGAGACAGCUCAGGUCAUCGCCUCCUAUGGCAGCGCCAUUACGCACAUCCGACAGCCCGACCUGAGCACCAUCGCGGUGCCGCCCGACCACCGCAAGUUCCAGGGUUACUACAAGAUCGCGCGUCAUUACCGCUGGGCGCUGGGUCAGGUCUUCCACAGGUUCAAGUUCCCCGCGGCCGUCGUGGUAGAGGACGACUUGGAGGUGGCCCCGGACUUCUUCGAGUACUUCCAGGCCACGUACCCGCUGCUGAGGGCAGACCCCUCCCUCUGGUGUGUGUCUGCCUGGAAUGACAACGGCAAGGAGCAGAUGGUGGACUCAAGCAAGCCUGAGCUGCUCUACCGCACUGACUUUUUCCCCGGCCUGGGCUGGCUGCUGUUGGCCGAGCUGUGGGCCGAGCUGGAGCCCAAGUGGCCCAAGGCCUUCUGGGACGACUGGAUGCGGCGGCCUGAGCAGAGGCAGGGCCGGGCCUGCCUGCGGCCCGAGAUCUCCAGAACGAUGACCUUUGGCCGCAAGGGGGUGAGCCACGGGCAGUUCUUUGACCAGCAUCUCAAGUUCAUCAAGUUGAACCAGCACUUCGUUCCCUUCACCCAGCUGGACCUGUCGUACCUGCGGCGGGAAGUCUAUGACAGGGACUUCCUUGCCCGCGUCUACGGCGCCCCCCUGCUGCAGGUGGAGAAAGUGAGGACCAGUGAGCGGAACGACCUGGGGGAGGUGCGGGUGCAAUACACGAGCAGGGACAGCUUCAAAGCCUUUGCCAAGGCCCUGGGAGUCAUGGACGACCUCAAGUCGGGGGUCCCCAGGGCUGGCUAUAGGGGAGUCGUCAGCUUCCUGUUCCGAGGCCGCCGCGUGCACCUGGCGCCCCCGCAGACCUGGGAUGGCUAUGAUCCUAGCUGGAAUUAGCUGGCGCCUGCCUGCCCCUCCUGGGCUCCUUAUUUGCCAUGUCACGGGCUGAGAUGGACGGCAGGUCCUGGGCUGCUUCAUCCUCUCUGUUUCUUGGGUCCAUUUAUCUUUUGUUGUUUUCCUGUUUUGAGUGGUAUUCGAGUGCAAGGUGAAGAUUAUUCUCCUAUUCUCAAGGGAGGGUCAAAUCAGGUGAACCUUUCUGGGAUAUGUUGGGGGGUAUUAAGCAGGAAACCACUGUGUGGUAGGGAGAGGCUUGGGCUUGUUGGAGCCAUGAACUUCCAUGUGCCAGGCUUUCUCCUAGGGCAUCUGCGGAGGGGUUGACAACUUCUGUUCGCUUGGCCAGGCCUCUUUUCCCUGUCCCGGCUCUUCCAGCCAGGGUAUGAGCCCUUUUCCUGUACCUGUCCUACUUCCCUGCCUUCCCCCAAUUGGAAGGAAAGUGGGCUAUGUGAGAAAGGGACGUAUUUGUGGCCAAAAUGAGACUAACCAAAGGGGUUUUGUCAUUAGGGUCUGGGUGGAGCUGUUAGGUUGUCAGGGUUCAUGCCUCCCGCCCGUUUCUUCUUUUCCCUCUGUCCUUAUCCCUGACCUCCCCACAGUUCUCUCCCUGCAGCCUAGCAAUUCAUGACUCUAAGAUGAAAAGUUGAAGGGGAAAAGCAGGACCUCUCCUCAGCUCAUCCCUGGCAAUGGGGGGAAAGUUGGGGGCAGGGAAGCCUCAGUGUGCUGGGCACCCCUCCCUUUUCCUGCCUCAAAGAAACCGACUCUGCCCUGAUCCUGUUUUCUAAAAACUGACCCCUUCUCUGUCACUCUAGGAGGGCUCUGUGCUGGCUUGGUGGAAGAGAGAUUAAUUAGCUCCUUGUGCCCCGUUUCACUUGGGGUUUGGUGCACAGGCUCCGCCCUGAGGCCUUGGCUUCUGGAGGCCCUCUCAGCGUGAGCUAGAGCAGCCAGGACAGCGUGGCCGGCCUGCCUCUGCUCUCCCCCGAACAUCCCGUGGCUGCUCAGUUUAGGAUGCAGGUGGCAGGUUGGAGAGCAAUAUGUGUGUUUUUGUUUCUUGCCCGACCUUAGUUCAUGGAAGAAAGUUGAAGCUACAGAAUUAUUUUCAAAAAUAAAAGGCUGAAUUAAUUGUCUGAAAAA